AUGGUGCUCCCAACAGCAACGCCCCGGCCUUCGACAAGGUCGAGGGCCGGCGCGAUUCCCCCACCAACCACUCGAAUGACCCGACUUCGAACCAGAGAGGCUGCAGCCCCAUCUCCUGCCUCAUCAACCCGAACUGCCGGAAUUCUCGCCAAGGGUAAGGAAGGCUUCAGGAAAGUCUCCGACAAAGUCAAGGAGAAGGAGAAAGAGAUGGAGAAGCACAUAGGCGUAAGUUUCUCGAGCGGUCGUAGCCUGACUGUGGAGCCUAAGAAAGCCGCCCCCGCGGGUCCGGCCUACUCCCAAUCGCUUCAAGCCUAUCUCCGUGUCAGACCUGUGGAUGCCGUCAAUGCCAACCCCUACAUCGAGCUCAAAGGUGACAAAGACGUUCUGCUCCAACCGCCCCCCGACAACAGGGGUCUGCCCAAGCCUGCCCAAGUCUUCAGCUUCGACCAAGUCUUCUCCCCUGAAUCGACGCAGGCGCAGUUCUUCAACCAGACGGCGCGCCCGUUGGUCGAGAAGCUCCUACACGGAGAGAACGGGCUUCUCUUCUCCUACGGAGUAACCAACAGUGGAAAGACGCGGUCAGUCGAAUACUAUCGAGGAGCGCGGCGUGUUGCCCAGGGCCAUCGAUCUCGUGUUCAACUCGAUCUCUGGCAUGGAAAGCAGCGCGAACGUGAGUUAAAAUGGUGGCGGAGCCAAUCUGACUCGCAGCUCAAGACUCUCGGCCAAGCUGAUGUCAUUCUCACGAACGAGCGCGAACCGUAUUCGCUCAAGUCUCUGCCACAAGUCCCCGAGCCCCAAGCCAAUGACUCCGUUAAGGUGGAUCGGAACUUCUCGUACGCCGUCUUCGUUUCCUACGCUGAAGUCUAUAACGAGAAGCCUGCGGGUUCCACCCGACCUAGCGUGGCGUUCUCUUCUCGCACCACGAGUAUGGGUUUGUCAAGUGCCUUCGGUUCCAACAUGACACUGGCGACCAUGGCCAAUGGAGGAGGUGGUGUUCUGAAACGCCAGGCUCUUGCGCUCAAGAACGAUCCUGAUGGCAAUGGCAAGUUCAUUGCUGGUCUGAACGAAAUCCGCGUUAGGUCUCGUGAGGAUGCCUUAGCCGUUUUCCGUUCUGGUCAGAGUGCGCGACAGGUGUUCGGCACGAUGGCGAACCGUGAGAGCUCGCGCAGUCACGGCAUCUUCAACAUCAAGCUUGUCAGGAUCCACAACGGCGCACCAGAGGACCCGGAGAGCGCCAGCGUCUCCCGCCUGUCCAUCGUGGACCUAGCCGGAUCUGAGCGCACUCGCAACACAGGCAACACCGGUGAUCGUCUGAAGGAAGCAGGCAACAUCAACAAGUCCCUCAUGUGUCUCGAAGUCCUCCGCGCCAAUCAGCAGAAGAUGGCGGCCCCAGUCACGCCUGGCCAUCGGCGCCGGCUAGCUGUGGUGCCCUUCCGUCACUCGAAGCUGACCGAGAUCUUCCAGAACUUCUUCGUCGGUGAUGGCCGCGCAAUUAUGAUUGUGCACGUGAACCCCUGCGAUACCGGGUACGAUGAAAACGCCCACGUCAUGCGCUUCAGCGCUGUGGCUCGCGAGAUCCAGACGACCACUCAGGUCAAGAGCCACUUCCCUACGCUUAAGCGACAUAUCAGCACUCAAAUUAACGCCUUGAAGACGGCUGUGACCGGGCAAAGAGUCAAGGUCGUUGUCCCGGUCAUGCCUAAGGGUCCUAGCGGGAUUCCGACGCCGGUUCGGCGGGCCACCAAGUCUAGUCUGCCAGCACCCCCUCCCCCUCCUGCCAUUCCCGUCCGAGCGAGCUCCCGUCCUACAACGGCAAAGUCAGCUCCAUCUCGCAGCACUACACCCCGUGGCACAACUCCUCGUGUUCAGACGCCACCGGCGUCCGAAAAGCCAGCUACUGCCGAGACUCCAUUGAAGAAUGAGGUCGUCCAGCAGGUUGAACAGGAAGAGGAGAUUGAGGUCAUCGAGGAGGAGAUCGAGGUAGUCGAAGAGGAGCCCGAGGAAGACGAGGAGGACGAAAAAGACUACUUCGUCGACUACCUCUUCGAGCAGCUUAAGGAGCUUAAGGCGGCUCUUUAUGAAAGCGAAAUGCGCAACGCUUCCCUGGAAGUGGAGAUCCGCGAGGAAGCCUCUCGUGACAUGCAAGAGACCAUCCAGCGCAUGCAGGCGGAUUUCAACCGCCGCUUGCUUGAGCAAAUGGCUAGUGGCGAGGAGAAGGCGGACAUGAAGAUCGACAUUCUGCAGCGCACCAUGGCACCUGACUCCUCCUUCGAAGACUCGUUCGUCAGCGCCCCGGAUGAGACUAUGGACUCUGAUGACGGCACCGAAGUUGGAGAGGCGUCUCUCUCCGACCCCUUCGUUGUUCCCCGGGAGCGCAGCGGACAGAUUAACUCCGACGCCGAUGACUCCGUCGAGGAUUCGCAUCUCGAGUCCGAGGAAGAGGAGAGCGAUGAGGAGGAAAUCGAUCAGGAGCUUACCAUCGCUAGCGGGGCCAGCGAUGUUCUCGGCACUUCCUUCAUGGGAGAGCCCGAGAUCACCGGCCGUGGCGCUGACGAUUCCUUGGCGGAAAGCUCCUUUGCCUCCGAUGAGACCGAGUCCGAGGAGGAGGAGGAGGAGGAGGAGGAGGACUCCAUCGUUGACCGAAGCGCGCGUCCCGGGGAGGUCGACGAGGAGAACGACGGCUACUCCGACGAGGACGAGUCGGUAGAACAGGGCGACGAUUCCAUCGUCGUCCGAGGUGCCCCACCAAAGGAAGUGAAUGAGGAGGCUGACGGCUACUCAGACGAGGAUGAGUCCGAGGAGGAGGAAGAGGCGGAGGAGCAGAGCGGCAGCGAAGGGGAUGAUGAUGAGGAGGAAGAGGAGGAAGAAGAGGAAGACGAGGAGUACGAAGAGUCAUCUUUUGACGCGACCGCUUCAACGAUCUCCGAACCAACACCUCCGCGCCGCAAGACGGUCUCACCCCGCAAGUCUAUGGCCAAGACGCCGUCAAAGGCUUUACCCAAGAAGUCGCUCAGCAAGCCGCUGGGUGAGUCCCUCCGCCAGGCUGUCGUCCGGGAGGAGGACGAAAGCAUCGAGUUCAUCGAGCUUCUCCAGGGCAAGACGCCUGCGAAGAAGAAGCGCACCUUGGGCAAGCAGAAGAUCGUGACCGAGGACGACGUCGGCGCCCCCCUCGCUGGUGCCGAGGUCAGGCGGAUGGUUCGCAUGUGA